CGCCUGACCAGUUAAUGCUCGCUGCCCUUGCCCUUGCCAGUUAACGGCCCUCUAUGCAUCCGAGACUCGGCCCCAGUCCCCAUGUACAGCCUAGCCUUUAAGACACGCAACAGCCCUUCUCAGAAGACGUCCCUGCGAUGGGGGGACUGCUGUAAGCCCAUCCGCUGAUGCAACACCUUGUUACCGUUCGCUACCUACUGUUGUUACUCAAAGACUAUUUUGAAAAUUUGUUAUAAAUAAUGAAUUCUAUAUUUUUCUGGGGAGAAAAGAAGACUUUAUACCAAAUAUAAUAUAUUUUAGUGAGAGUGUAUUUCGGUUAUAAAUUGAGAUAUUUAUUUUUAUGUGAGAACUGAAACUGAUACAUAUCAUUCACAUAAGUGAAGAAGACUUCACCCAUCGUAACCCAACACUAAACCAAAAUCAAGAUGAUCAACGUAUCAGGAGUGAUCUCAAUUGUGCUGUUCUACCUGCUGAUCUUGGGUGUCGGUAUCUGGGCAGCGCGCAAGAAACAGGCGGGCAAUGAUUCGGAGGAAGAGGUCAUGUUGGCUGGUCGCAGCAUCGGACUCUUCGUCGGCAUCUUCACCAUGACAGCGACCUGGGUGGGAGGAGGGUACAUCAAUGGAACAGCUGAAGCUAUCUACACUCAGGGUCUAGUGUGGUGCCAGGCUCCCUUCGGCUAUGCCCUUAGUCUCGUCUUUGGUGGAAUAUUCUUCGCCAAUGAGAUGCGGCGGCAGGGCUAUGUGACGAUGCUGGACCCUCUCCAGGAUACCUUCGGUUCCAGGAUGGGAGGGUUGCUCUUCCUACCGGCUCUAUGCGGGGAGGUGUUCUGGGCCAGCGGGCAUCCUGGCAGCUCUUUG